AUGAACUCUGACCAGGAUGAUGACAGUUUCUUUCAGGGAUCAGGACAUACAAGUAGCUUGUUCACUGACAACGAAGACCAGGAAGAAGCAGGAGGAGCAGAAGAAGCAGGAGCAGAAGAAGAAGAAGAGGAUGAGUACAAUGAUGAGGAUCAACGUCGUGAUGAACAGAGGGACGAAGAGGAUGAUGCUCAUGGGUCAUCUCGUCGAAGCCGGCGCCCCGAAAUCACUGCUAGUGAUGAGGAGGAUCGUCAUUGGAGACGUCGUCGCCAUCCAGAACAAAGGGAUGAAGAGGAUGAGGCUCAUCAGUCAUCCUAUUGA